CAAGAGUGGUAUGAAGAGAAUGGACGUUGGUACCAUGCAUGGCAGAAGGGUCUAUACAUGUACCCGCAUGACGAGGAACGCCAUCGCAUGGAUGUAUACCACAACCUUUUCUACGACAAAGCUGGAUUGAGCCUGCACUCGGCGAGGUUGAUCCCCGAGGUCACUCAUCGUCCUCGAAUCAUGGACCUUGGGUGCGGAACUGGCUUCUGGGCAAUUGACAUGGGCGANGUCCUCGGGUUAGAUCUUGCCAAUCUCCAACCUGCUCAGAUUCCACCCAAUGUUCGCUUCCAAAUACCUUUCAAUUUCGAAACACCUUACUGGAGCCUGGGCCAAGAUUCGUGGGACCUGAUUCAUCUGCAAAUGCUCGGUGGUAGUGUCUCAAGCUGGCCAAAUCUAUACGCCAAACACCAGNNGCAUCUCCGACCCGGGUUUGGAUGUAUCGAACAACUCGAAAUAGAUUUUGAGCCUCGUUGUGACGAUGGUACACUCCCUCCAGACUCCUAUCUCAGGCAAUGGUACGACUAUCUGGUGCGGGCUACAGACCAGACACCGAAGACCAUUCGCUAUUCGCACAACACCCGACAAGCCUUGUCCCAGGCUGGCUUCACCGAUAUCUCAGAACGAGUCAUCAAAGCUCCACAUCGGGCAUGGUCAACUGACCCUACUGCCUUCAACAUUGGCAACUUCCAUCAGACUGCAUUGGACCUCUGUGCUGGCCUUGAAGCACUGAGUCUAGGCCCAUUCUCA